AAAAACAAUUGUAGCAAAUAUUUAUCUUUCGUUUUUCUUUUAUCUUUCAAACGCAAGGGCUACAAAAUGUAUCAUAUAAAUCAUGUUAUCAAAAUUUCAAUUUCAAUUUUUAUCUGACGGCAAUAAUUUUUUUUUAGCUCGGGUCUUUUCGUUUGGACGAGAAAAAGUAUAAAAGACGACCAUUUUCGAGGUUUUCGACUUUUUUUUCUCUUCUUUUUUCUUUUUUCUUUUUGGUAUUUUCACUCUCUGAAUUUCUCCCUCUCAAUGCUGGCACUUCCUACAACAAUCACAAGAAACGCUAUCCCUCCAGGCUUCAUAGACUUUGCCUCAUCCUCUUUUGAUGCUAUUCUGUUUCCUAAUGUCAAUGCAAAAAUUGAGACCAAUACGAAUGACAAUAAUGAAGUCAAGAAAAGGAAUACUCAUUUACCAGACUUAAUUCCGUUUAUUCAACUUAUCACAGAUAAAUGUGAUGUCCAGCCAAUCCAUCUUGUGAUGGCUCUUAUGUAUGCUGAAAGAUUUAGAAAAUCAUUGCCAGCAGGAUUCAAACCCGAAGCAGAGGCUGCCCAUCGUAUUUUUGUCGCUUCACUCUUAGUUGCUAGCAAAUACAGUGAAGAUCGUUGUCUCUCUACCAAGCAUGUGGUACGAGCAACAGGUGACGUGUGGUCCAUUAAAGAAAUCACCCGCAUGGAGUUGGCUUUUUUGACCUUUUUGCAUUGGAAUCUAUACAUUAGUCAAGAAGAAAUGACCAAGUUUCUUUGUGAUUUAGGAUUUGAUAUCAAUCAAAUUUUGCCUAAUAAUCGACCUGUUCUGUUAGAGGAUACCAUGCGUAUUUAAAUCGUUGCCUGUUGUGAUACCCCCUACACUUUGUAAAUAUAUAAUGUAUAAUAAAUCUUGUCUUUUUCUCACGCAUUACUAUUAUCUAAAAAAGCCGUCAUUUCAUUUCG